CUGCGCGGCGCAGAGGUCAAGAUGGCGGCGAGGGCGUCUGUCGCAGGAGGUGGUCGCCUGAUAGACAGCAUUCGCAAGUGGUACUAUAAUGCAGCUGGGUUCAACAAGCUUGGAUUAAUGCGAGAUGAUACACUGUAUGAAGACGAUGAUGUAAAAGAAGCACUGAAGAGACUUCCAGAACAUCUUUACAAUGAACGAAUAUUCCGCAUAAAGCGAGCAUUGGACUUGAGCUUGAAACAUCAGAUCCUUCCGAAAGACCAGUGGGUGAAGUAUGAGGAGGAUAACCAUUAUCUUGAACCAUACCUAAAAGAAGUAAUCCGUGAGAGACGUGAAAGGGAAGCAUGGAAUAAGAAGUAACUAUUGAACUACUUCAUGAAAAUAUCCACGUAUUUCUGAUAUUUUUAAACAUUUAGUUAUAAAAGUCCACAGAGAGGCAAUUGUGUGGCUGAAGAAUACUAUUUCAGCUUGUUCAUUGAGUCUGUUCAUCCAACCAAAAUAAACAUGUCGAAGUAAAAAAUCUUGGAUGAGUUCUUUUUGAAUGUUAACAAGCUAAUGUUCAGAUCUUUCCUAUGAACAUAUACAUUACAUAUUAGUUUAGUGGUAUGCAGUCUUCAGUCCAGCUUUUUGAUUCUUACUCUUUUCAUAGUACAGCUGUUUUCUGCAGUUGUAGGAUUAGGUAAGAAACAUUGAAGGCUGUUGGUGCUAGUUGCUUUGUUAAAUUAAAAAGGAGUUUGUAUUUCAUUUGUCACUUCUCUCUGUAGAUAACAAUACUGGACCAGUGUUUGAUGUUACAAUGGUACUGUAAGACAGCAGAGUGUAAUAUCUGUGCAUCUGAGCACUUACAUAUUAAAAAAAAUGGAAAAUA